GCGGGCCACGCGACCGGAAGUGGGCGGGGACCCCGGAAGGCCCAGUCGUCGGGCGGAGCUGGUCCGUUCGGUCGCGGCUGGGAUCUGUCGUCGGCCGAGUUUGCGUCCCCUCUGCCUCUUCCAGAGGCGCUGCCGCCGGCCCGGCCAUGGACGAUACCCUGUUCCAGUUGAAGUUCACAGCGAAGCAGCUGGAGAAACUGGCCAAGAAGGCAGAGAAGGACUCCAAGGCUGAGCAGGCCAAAGUGAAGAAGGCCCUUCAGCAGAAAAACGUGGAGUGUGCCCGCGUGUACGCCGAGAAUGCCAUCCGCAAGAAGAACGAAGGCGUGAACUGGCUCCGCAUGGCGUCCCGCGUGGAUGCAGUGGCCUCCAAGGUGCAGACGGCCGUGACCAUGAAAGGGGUGACCAAGAACAUGGCACAAGUGACCAAAGCCUUGGAUAAGGCCCUUAGCACCAUGGACCUGCAGAAGGUCUCUGCGGUGAUGGACAGAUUUGAGCAGCAGGUGCAGAACCUGGACGUGCACACGUCGGUGAUGGAAGACUCCAUGAGCUCAGCCACCACGCUGACCACGCCCCAGGAGCAGGUGGACAGCCUCAUCGUGCAGAUCGCGGAGGAGAACGGCCUGGAGGUCCUGGACCAGCUCAGCCAGCUGCCCGAGGGCGCCUCCGCUGUGGGCGAGAGCUCCGUGCGCAGCCAGGAGGACCAGCUGUCUCGGAGGUUGGCUGCCUUGAGGAAUUAGCCGCCCCGCCGUGUGCACCGCCACCUCUGCCUGCGACGCGCUGGAAGGCUCCCGUCCCCCCACUGCGUCCGCCACUGCCUCAGCUCCUCUCACCUGCCAGGCCUGGGCGCCCCCAGAAUUGUCCCUUUCUCUCGGAGUGGGCGGUGGUCUGUGUGCUGGCGUCGAGUUUGCACAAACCAUGGGUAACUUCUGACUCUGGGCUCACCUCUGCCGUCUGUGGAGUUGAUGGGCACUGGCCAGCAGGCGCUGCGCGGACUCCAGCCCUCCACCGUGGGGCCUUCAGACUCCACAUGACACAGACACGGCGCUCAUCCCAGCCAGCGGGCAGGGCUGCCCUGCUGCCAAGCAGCUCUGGAGUUCCCCCAGCGUGCGGGGUCCCACCCAGUGGACGGACACAGCCCAGGAGGGCUGGUGGCCUGUGACCCUCCUCCAUUGUUCCAGGUGGGGUCUCGGCCUCCUGCCAGACUUCGGGACAGCCACCGCCCAGCUCCAGGCCCAGGUGUACCUGCCCUGGUCCUCAUCCUAGCCCUGCUCCACCUCCUCAGGUGCCUUGGGCCUCGUGGGCUGCAGUCAGCUCUCCCGGCAGCGCAGGCUCUUCCUGUCGGGGGCCUGACCUUGGGGCCUGUCGUCCCUCCGUGGGGGUGCUCCCGUGUGGCCCUCCUGUCCCGACUGCGCCCCUCCUGCCUUCCCAGCCUGGAAGCCCGAGUGGCUGGUGGGGGGAGCCUGGGAGAGUCCUUCAGCGGGGCCAGAGCGAGGCCGUGUGGCAGACCUGCCCCUGUGGCCACGGUGGGCUUGCUGGGUCAGCCUCAAGGGGGCUCUGGACACGGGCUACUGUUCUUGUUUUUUCUGUUUCCUGAGGUUUACUUCAUUUUCCUGGGUUUUUUGGGUUUUUUUGCCAAAGUAAAGGGAGCAGGCAGCAGGUGGGGAGCUUGGGGCGGCUGCAGCCCUCACCCCAGCGGACUGCAGCCCGUGUCUGCGGCUCUUCUGUAUGGAACGUGGAGACCUUUACCUUGAUCCACCGCGUGUGGUUCUUUCUUUUCGAGACAUGGCGCUGGCGCGUCCUGGCUGCCGGGGUGGGGGUGGAGGGAGGGCUCCUUUGUGUGUGGUCCCCUCUGGGCUUCCCCAAAAUCAACCCAUGUGCUGGGCUGGCGAGAAGAUCCCUGUGUCCCUCGUGGCUGACGGCCGUGGGGGGACCGUGGAGGCGUCCACGUCCCCCAGAGGGUGCGGCGCCCCCCAGGACCACGGUGGGGCUGCCUUGGCCCUGUCUCCUGGGUUCACAGAAGGGGAGUGGGUGUGUUCACCCUUCUCCUGAAAUGCUGUUAUAAUUUAUCCCAGAAAAUGUUCUUGGGCUUUGCUUUGGUGGCCUUGAGUGGGGCUGGGGAGCAGGGCCUGGAGGCUCAGUCCCAGGUGCUCACUGGACAGGGUGGGGUGGUGUGUGGAGUGCAGGGUCUCAGGCCCCACCAGACCAAUGGAGUUGGACUCUGCAGUUGUAAAAUUUACCGUUUUUACUUUGAAGUGAUCUUAAGCUUGCAGAAAGCUGGGGAGCGCACAGUUCUGUGUGCCUCCUGCCCAGCUCUGCUCACCGUAGCUUCCUAGUGAUCCACGUGAGUCUGCCCAGCCGGGAAACUGCCUGACAGCACGUCACCAGCCAGUCUCCUUCCUGGUGGUUUCUAGUCCCUGGUCACCCCGGUUGGCAUGUCCUGGUCUUGUCCCCGAUCUGGGACAGGACCUCGCUUUUGUCUUCACUCGACGAACAGUUUGGAAACAUGCUGGCCAGUUAUUUUGCAGAACGUUCGUCAACUUGGGUUGGUGUGGCGUUUCAGGGGAUGAAAUCCAGGUUGUAGUUACUGGCAACAAGGCCACAGAAGUGGCCUCCGCCGCUGCACGGGGUGUGUGACGUCACCGUGUCUCGCUGCUGGUGGCUCACUGCACCACCGGGCCCGCACGGCAUCUGGCAGGCUUGUCCGCUCUGGCACGGUCCUCCCCCUUUAAUUAAAGUGUCUUGUGGAGAUUGUCA